CCUAGGUAGUGCACCAUUAGAACAGCUGCGUUCCAGUUUCUCCGUCUCUCUCUGACUGCGUUCACUUCCUUACUUUCACCCCUCCCUCCCUCUCGCGCUCUCUCCUCCUCUACAUCCUCGAUCUCUCAGCAGGAGCAGUUUGUGUCCUGAGAGAACUGGCACCAAACUGACUCAUCCAUGGGGCGCGCGCAGCAUCUUUAUUUCACCACAUUACAGUUUGAAGUCAUAUAGGGGGAAUAUUCACGUCAACGCAGCAAACACACUAGAGUCGUUCGGCGUUUCAUCUUCCGGCUUAAAACUCUCAGUCGCACCAUAUCUGUCUGGGUUUGUGACAUUUGUAGCUGUGUUGAGCUGUGGUGAUGGAUGGGGAUGCGUGUGUUCGCGUGUGGGCUCGACCGCUGCAAGAGAUGCUCCAGCAGAAGAAGAUCAAAGCGCGGAGGAAAAAGCGUAAGGAGUUGUUCGGAGGACAGAUGUGCUUCAUGGGGCUGCUGCUCCUGGCGUUGUCCGGCUUGUCCAGUUUGGCCGAUAAUUCCGGUUAUGGCAUCUCUGGUCUCUCAGCUGAAGAUAGUGAGAGGUGGGAAAGCCGCAGGCUGCUGCAGGACUUUGACAUUGACAGCAACUACACUGAUGAAGUGCAGGUUGGGCCCAAUGCUGAAAAGAACUGCACACCACCUGGUGUACAUGAGUUCCCUGAUGAUAUGUUCACCAACCAGGAGCGAAUGGAGGGGGCUGUAGCCUUGCAUGUUCUGUGUACCAUGUAUAUGUUUUACGCACUGGCACUGGUGUGUGAUGACUACUUUGUGCCCUCUCUGGAGAAGAUCUGUGAGCGCCUCCAUCUCAGUGAGGAUGUAGCAGGAGCCACGUUCAUGGCAGCAGGAAGUUCAGCUCCUGAACUCUUCACCUCGGUCAUAGGUGUAUUUAUCACUAAAGGAGAUGUGGGAGUGGGCACAAUCGUGGGUUCUGCUGUCUUCAAUAUCCUCUGCAUCAUCGGAGUGUGUGGGAUCUUUACUGCACAGGCAGUACGGCUCUCGUGUUGGACGUUAAUGAGAGACUCAAUGUACUACACUAUCGCAGUGACCACUCUGAUCGUGUUCAUCUAUGAUGAGAAGGUGACAUGGUGGGAAUCGCUCAUCCUAAUAGUUCUGUACAUGUUUUACAUUAUAUUAAUGAAAUUUAACUCACGGGUGGUUCAUUACAUCGAGCGGCGGAAAAAGAACUCUGCAAAUCUGGGUAAUGGCACAGCCAGUAACACAGACAUCGACGAUGGGUGUGAUGCCACUGUCGUGCUUCUUAAGAAAGCAAAUUUCCACAGGAAGCCAUCAGUGCUGAUGGUGGACGAACUCUUGUCUGCAUACCCUCAUCAGCUGUCCUUCUCUGAGGCCGGAAUGAGAAUCAUGAUCACCAGCCACUUCUCCCCUCGCACACGCCUCACAAUGGCCUCCAGAAUGCUUAUUACAGAGAUUCACCUGAACAGUAAAGGCCUGAUUUUCUCAGUUUGGCUGCUGCUAGCAUCUGUGUUUCUCACAGUUCUCGGUGUACAUUUGAACAAGUGGAAGCUGGACAAGCGUUUGGGUUUCAUUUGUUUGCUGAUGUAUGCUGUCUUCCUGUGUUUCUCCAUCCUCAUCGAGUUUAACAUAUUCACCUUCGUAAAUCUGCCCACCUGCCGCGAGGAAUGAGACGGUUCCUUUUCCAGGCCCUCCCUCCUUGACGUUGUGAGGACAAUGGCACAAGUCCUCGAUCAGAGGCAGACCGGCUCUCGUUCUGAAGGAAUAUUUAUUUAUUGAUCUAGCUGAUCCUUUAUUGAUCCUCUCUUUUUCUUUCCAAUGGGUGCAAUAUUGACUGAGUCUUUGGAUCUGUGGUCUUACAAGAGAAGAGAGAGGAUGUGUGUGAAGAAUGGUCCUGUUGACUGAUAUAUAGACUGUUCUAAUGGGACAGGAAUGUGGUAAAUGAAGACUACUGCCUGGUUUGAUGUGAAUACUUUUUUUUUUCAAAAUAUGUUGCAUAUUACAUAUUUAAAGAAUAUGAUGUAAAUGUAUUUUAUGAUGGUAUUUGUUUUAUUAGCUGCUAAUUUACUGAAGAAGAGGCUGGACUUAUUAAUGUCGGUAAAAAUAGAGAUUUAUGAGGGUUCGUUAUUUUGCUGAAAGGUACUGGUGACCUCUAGGAAAUCCUUGUAUACAGUCCUCUUUUUAAUUUGGGCAUUACCAAGUCGUCACCUUCAUAUUACAAGAUCGAUCUGGACAUCAGGGUCAUUAGUGUCUACAUUUUUCAGAUGAGAAUAUGUUUACGGUGCAGAGGAGGUAAUAAAACCGAAAGGUUUUAGAUCAAAUUUUAGUCAAAAAAAGAGAUAAACAGCGGGCAUUUGUUUGCACCUGUGUGGAAACACAUGUUGGAACGCUACUACCAACAUAUUUAUGUUUAGUGAGACAAUAUUCUUGUGUGAUCUAUGGGUUUCUAUAGAUGUGUUUCUGAAUUUUCUUUUGUCUUUAACUCUCUGUAUAUACCGAAACAGAGAAAGGUUUAUUUAUUAAUUUAUUGAAAACUAUUUAUGCACAUUACUUUCCUAUGACGUACUGAAACAAAACCAACCCACAGCUGUCCCAAGGAAGAGACCGUUCUGGAGUUUCAGCCAGGCUACGCCGUUUUGUCCUUCAGAGCUUAUGUGUCAGCCUUUUCUACUGGAUUCCUUCUCCUUCAUCUCUGAAUAUUAUGCACCCUUUUAGAUGCACCUUUGACUUGAUGCGUAAAACAGUUUCUACUAUUUGAUAUCGGUGUGACAUGACAGAGGUAAUUAAAGAUUUUUUGAACACACUUAAAACUUUGGCAGGCAAGUAAGGGAAGAUAUAUAGAUAGAUAUACAUUUUAUACUUAACUGUUUUGACAUUUAAGAUCGGUCCAUUCCCUUUUUAGAGUGAAUGGAGUGAGUGAGCCACAAACCUAAGUAGCUGAUUAGCAGGAAAGUGUCCUGGUAAAAUGAAGCUAACAUUGUUAAGACUGUUUCAAAGUCAAACCGUAGAUGCUCUAGAAGAGGUCAAGUAAUUUUUCUCUCAGCAUGCUGCUCUAAUCUUAGAGUUUAUCCAGGAAUUUUGGAAGAAAUCCUCUCAGCAGGUCAAGGAUCAGAAUUCAUUUCCAAGGAUGCAGUUAAAACUAUGGAUUUUUCAGGAGUUCUUUAUGUUGUUGUGUCCUGGGCUUAUUUCUUGCCCUUCUUUUAGAAGGACUAUAUAAAUACUUUGUUUUGUAUGCCUCUGGUUCUGAGGAUUUGAAAAAGACACCGCCAUAAUGUAUCACAGCUGUAAGCUUUUAACUGUGGCACAUUAUGUGGAUGCGUGGACUUUUUCUGCUAACGGAGAUUUUUUAGUGAGCUGACAAAGAAGCGAUUCUAUGGACUGUUUUAGUCUAGUUAGCAACUUCAUGCAGGUUUUCUAGUCUGAAGGCACAUUGCAGGGAAAUUGUGUUUUAUGCACUGGUUGAUACUGGGUGUCUAAUUGUUUGUCAUAUUUUAAGAAUAGAAUUUAGAUGACUAAGAAACAUAUCUGGAAGAGUAUUGCGGCAAAGUAUUUUUGUAUUUUGUAAUGCAAAAUGUUUAGAAAUGUUUUCUGCUUUUAAAAGUCUGUAGAGUGUGCUUCAAGUGAAUCUGCAUAUUCUUUAGAGCAUAAAACUAAUUUGUCAGUUUACUGUCAGAGUACUUUUAGCAUGUUUAAAAUCAAAGGUCACACUUUGUAGGGCAUUCGUUUCAACAAUGUAAAAACAAAAAAAAAGAUAAUUUGUCCCCAGUUUGACAGAAUAUAUUAGCAAAUAUGAACAUUUGGUUUUCUGUAUCACUCAUAGUAGACAUUGAGGCCUAGUUUACUUUCCAAAAAUGCAACAGCAGGUCUAGGGUUUAAGCAAUGUGACAUUCCUGAUAAAUAUAAGCUAGGUGUAAUCCAAGUAGAGCAUACAAGCUGUGUUUGGAUGCUAAAGAUUGUUAGUCUAUAAUUUCUUUUUUGAAAAGCAGGGUAUUAUAAGAAAGACAUCCGGAAGGCAGGGUUUAAUGAAAGUUUUGUUCAUGAAAUGCAAUAACGUUUAGAUUUAAUUAAUUACUGUGUUUGCAUUUUUUCUUGUAAAUCCUAAAUAUGGCACAUCACAUUCGUUGAAUCAUAUACAUAUGUUACGUAAAUAUUUCAGUAAGAUUUAAUAGAGGUUGUGCACUCUAUGCUCAAUAUUAAGGAUAGUAAAAAGAGGCUUUGAGAUGCAACAAAAUUGGCUUUCACUGCAAAAUGCUCCAAUAUCUAUGAAUACUGCUGCUUACAAAUUGUGGGACAUUAAUGCCUAUGUUUAUGGUUGCAAAAUCAGCCAUACUAAAGAUUCAAUGAUUUUAACAUACUGAUAAAUGCUAUUUGGUCAUCAUCACUUCUGGAAAUCAAAGUGCUGCUGUUCAUUUAUAUGCACAAAUAUAAUAAUAAUAAUAAUAAUAAUAAUAAUGAGGGAAUGCACAACCAAUUAGCCCAUAAUUAGACAAGUUUCCCUCAGAUUUCCUUUUCUUGUCUGUUGAUAUUUCUUCAUGGAUUCAGGAAUAUUUGAAUAAAAAAUGUGACUUUUACAGGGUGUUGCAUUGCUGAUGUACAUAAUUAUACAUACAUGAAAAUGUCUUCAUAUUUUUGUCUUUGC